UACAUAAUCGUGGAGGAAACGUAGGGAAAGUCUGCGCAUGCGCGGUGGAGGCGCCUCCGUCGCGUUCCCCUUCAGUCUGUCCUCUCGCGCUGCACACACACGCUCCGUCGGGGACAUCGACACGGUAAACACGAUCAUGUGUGAGAAAGGACAGCAGGAGAAUGGAAGCAGUGAGAGCUGCCAUCACUGCAAGCCAAAGACAUGGGCAAACAUGGCCGUCCCUCCUGCGUAUGCUGACCUCGGCAAAUCUGCCAAAGAUAUCUUCAGCAAAGGAUACAGCUUCGGAGCUGUUAAGUUGGACCUGAAGACCAAGUCUCAGAAUGGAGUUGAGUUCUCCACCGGAGGCUCCAGUAACACGGACACCGGGAAGGCAGCUGGAAACCUGGAGACCAAAUACAAAGUGAAGGAUCUGGGCUUGACUUUAAACCAGAAGUGGAACACAGAUAAUGUUCUGACAAAUGAAGUGACUCUGGAAGAUCAGCUGGCCAAUGGUCUGAAGCUGGGACUGGACACUUCAUUUGUGCCCAACACUGGGAAGAAGAGCACUAAGCUGAAGACGGGUUAUAAGCGUGAUUACAUGAAUGUGGGCUGUGAUAUAGCUUUCGAUCUGUCCGGACCCACGAUUCACGCCGCAGCCGUUGUGGGUUAUGAAGGCUGGCUGGCCGGAUAUCAGAUGGCCUUCGACAUGGCCGAGUCCAAACUGGCCCAGAACAACUUCGCUUUGGGCUACAAGGCAGGAGACUUCCAGCUACACACCAAUGUUAAUGAUGGGACAGAGUUCGGCGGCUCCAUCUAUCAGAAGGUGAACGGUCAGCUGGAGACAGCAGUGAAUCUGGCCUGGACCGCAGGCAGUAACAACACACGCUUUGGUAUCGCUGCUAAAUACCAGCUAGAUAAAGACUCCUCCAUCUCUGCCAAAGUCAACAACGCUAGUCUGGUCGGAGUAGGAUACACACAGAGCCUCCGGCCAGGUGUGAAACUCACUCUGUCUGCUCUGAUUGAUGCUAAGAACUUCAACACCGGAGGGCAUAAGGUGGGCAUGGGCUUCGAGCUGGAGGUGUAACCACGGACAGACGGCAUUAAUAGAAACUAAAGAAUUGAAAACACGUUGCCCUUUCCCCCCGUAAUUCCUCUUUAACUAAUCUGGCCUUAAACCUCAGUAGAACCAGUAAUAAACAGGUUCACCAGUCAAA